AGCACAUUUGAAGCAACCUGCUGUCAACCAGUUUCCGUUCCAUCCCUUGUCAAAAAAUCCCUUCGAACCAUCAGAUUCGUGCAAAAUGGCCGAAAGCGUUACACUUGUAACACUCUCACAAAUGAUCGAUUUAUCGUUAAAUUGCAACGAGGGCAUUAUCAACUUCCACGUCCUCCACACCUUCCUCCACGUCGUUGUCCAACAACUAAAAAUGCACGACGUAGCUGUGGAAUUCCGAGGCUCCGACAGCGAAAAAAUCCAAGCCUUGAUCAGUACCGUCAAACCUACCUCCACCCACCUCCUCCCAAAAUACAACGUCGUGCCUGAAGAAAGCGUCAAGUUGAAGAAAAAAACAGGACCCCAUCAGAAGAAAAAAGCCAGUUUACAGGACGUGAUGGCGGAAAAAGAGCGCCAGAAGUUGGAAGAGAAAAAAGAGAAGGAAAUCCGUGUUAUCGAACGCCGGAAAGACUCAAAGGAAGACCCUGACCUUAACCCCCUCCCGUUGAAAUCACCCCCAGGUAGCCUCCUUGGAAUCACUCCUGCCGACCUCCAGACGGUUGUCGUGGUCGAGUCCCAGUCAACCCUCCCCCAGUACACUGUGGCCCUCACCAAAACCACCUUCGACAGCCUCCAAAAUGACCUAGACUCGCUCAAAAUCCAACUCAAGGAGUUACAAGAACUCCCAGCUAAUCUGGGCUUAAUUGGGGCCACGAGGUCCCAGUCAAGCCCGAUCCUGGACAUGUUCCAAAUCCUCCACUUGACCAAACGAAUGGACGCCAAUGAGACAGCCCUUGAGAAAAUCGGUUCGUUGAUUGAAGACUUGGUCAAGAGCGACAAAGGGCAGAUGCCCCCAACCAUCAUCGAAAGGGUCCAAGAAGUGCGCGCUUCAGUCGACGAAACCCAAAAAUACACAGCUGAACGGCGGUUAAGUGCGUUAAACGAGGUCGAAGUCAGGCUAACUAACCUUGAAAAUGCUGUCAAUAACUUGAAUGAGAAUAUAGCAGCUGUGGCCACAGGAGUCGGCGAAUUUAAACCGCAAGAGCCAAUUUUGGAAAAACCAGCGUCGGCUCAGCCCAGUUUGGGGCCCUCUGAUAUGGCCAGCGUUGCCAGAACUGAGACUAGUAGUGUGGUCCCCGAAGGGGCCAAAUCUCCCUCGAGGAAAAGCCAAGGGACGGAGUCGGUCAAAAUCAUGGCCCCGCAGGUGGUCUACCAGAGCCAGAUCCAAGAUGUCGAUUUGGGUGAGUUGCCCUCGAACCAGGCCCUAAUCCUGAUCCAGGAGGAGUUCCAAAAUUUGAAGAACUGGAUGACUGAGAGUAUCCAAGAAGUGGACAAGUUGAAAGCUUUCGCUCCGCCAGCGCCUGGCGAAGUUGACACGCGAGUUGUUGACAGCAAAUUCAACGAAUGUAGUCGGAAAAUCAACGAACUGAACGACUUAUACAACACGCAGAUCAAGCUCCUCAGUGAGCAGUUCAACAGCGUCCAGAGCGAAAUGAACGAAGUUGCCACCAAACUUGACAUAAUUCUCCCGGGAGGUGAUUCGACCGGGAUUAGUGCCGAGACGACCAUGGAUUUGGCCAAUAAACUCACGCUGCUUGAGAAGGAGAUGAUUGCAAUUUCGGAUAAGGCCGAAGAGUUGCAACAGGAGAAGGAACAGCGUGAUAAGCAGACUGAAGUGAUUAUGGAACAGAUUGAUAUUUUGAAAAUUGUGAAAGCGAAUCGGGAAGAUUUGGAGGAUGCGUUGGGUGAAAAAGCCGAUGCUUGUAUGAUUAAUCGGAAAGUGUCGCAUGAUCAGUUUGAUGCUGCCUGUGAUGAUUUGUAUAGGGGUAUCGAGGAGGCUUUGUCCAAGCUUGAGGAACAAGAGGAAAUGUGGCACCAAGCCCUCGACUCGAUCCAGCGCGAAGUUGGCAAUAAACUUGACAAAAUGGAAGUGGAUCCAUUACGCGACUUUGUCAACAGUAAACUAAGAGCACUGCAAGAGAAAUUCAAGUCGUUAAGUGCCCUCAAACGAGAGCAGGAAGCUGCAGGAACAAAGAGUCGAUUUUUGCGAAAUGUUAAUUGUAUUUCCUGUGAUAAGGACGUAAUAAUGAGGAAAGAAAUGGAUGCCUCUUUAAAACCCAAAGCCUAUGCAAUGCCAGCUAGUAGAAAUAUGGCACCUUAUCUAGCUUAUGAAUUGGACCAGUUGAGAAAGCAACAAAAAUGUGUCCCCAAUAGCAAGAAUCUGAACUUUAUUGAAAGUGCCUUGAAAACACGAGGAAAUAAAGAGAAAAAUCAUUUAUGUAACCGGUAUUGUGGAGGGAGUCAUACUACGACCACCCCCCAACAGAGGGUGACACGAUUGGGGCAUUUCCUGGAACAGUGGGGUCCUGAAAUAGCCCCCUUACAGGAUGAAUACAUUCGAGGGAACGACAAUCAUAUGUAUAAAGCUCGUGACGAGGCUAUUUAUACGAAAAAAGGGAGUAAAGUUGAAAAUGGGCCUAAGGGGAGCAUAAGGCCCUCUACAGCAGGAGGGGCACCCAUGAUGGAACAGGAAGUUCCCCAAGGGAGGAACACUUACGUGAGUGCUGAAGCUCACAUGGUUGUGAGUAAAGAAGCCGAAGAAGCAGCAAAUAAGAAGUCGCUUAAUAUUGGAGCUGUGCCUAUUGAGGAGGUUACUCAAGCCUCUCAACAAAUACCAGUCAAGGUCUCAAUUGAGGAACCAGUGUCUCAAAAGGCGUCACAGUUGGGUAAAGCUGCGUCUCAACUUUCGAAUGAGCAGCUAAGGAAAACACAAAGUGCGGAAGGGAAAAGCUCGCAACUUUCGGGUGAGAGAAAAUCAGCAACGAUAGAAGGGAAAAGUUCGCAACUUUCCGGUGAGAGAAAAUCGGCGACUCCAGAAGGGAAAAGCUCGCAACUUUCCGGUGAAAGAAAAUCAGCAGCGAUAGAAGGGAAAAGUUCGCAGCUUUCUAAUGAACAGAAGAGGUCCCAAAGUGCCAUUGUGGGGAAAAAGGGGUCGGAGCAAGCCGUGGAAAAGGGACAAGAGUAAUUUAGAAGUCUAAUGGUUUAAAUUUUUGUCAAGUCAUUUAUUGUGGACGUUUUUAAACAAAAUAAUAAAAUUUUUAGUGCA